AUGUUUGUCUGGAAUGAGUUCUUGACACGUGGGAUUCGGAAUCAUCUCAAAAACACUAUAUGGACGGUUGCAUUGGUAUAUGGAUUUUUUAUUCAGACUAAACUCUCGAUCUCUGGGAAGGAUUUCAAAUUGACACUCAUUGCCAGGCGCUCACGCCAUUUUGCUGGAACCAGCCAUUGGGAUUUAUCUAUUUAUUUUCUUCACAGGUACCUAAAGCGUGGUGUUAAUGAAAAGGGCAGAGUUGCCAAUGAUGUUGAAAUAGAGCAGAUUGUGUUUGAAGAUGUGCCUGAAGAAGUUCCUACACCGAUAACUUCUGUUGUACAACACAGAGGUUCCAUACCCCUUUUUUGGUCCCAGAAAACUUCAGGACUGAAUAUUAGGCCUGAUAUCAUCUUGACGAAGAAGGACCAGAACUAUGAAGCUACAAGGCUUCACUUUGACAAUCUUGUAAAGAGAUAUGGGAAUCCAAUAAUUAUUUUGAACUUGAUUAAGGCAUGUGACAAGAAGCCUCGAGAAUCUUUGCUCCGUGCAGAAUUUGCCCAUGCGAUUGAUUAUAUAAAUAAAGAUUUAUCAGAGGAGAACCGCUUGAAAUUCUUACAUUGGGAUCUUAAAAAUUAUUCUCGAAGAAAAGGAACAAAUGUGCUGGCAUUAUUGGACAAAGUGGCAACAAAUGCAUUGGAUCUAACUGGCAUCUUUUAUUGUCAAAUUUAUGACAGUGGAGCAGGUGUUGUUAAUUCAGGAAAUGGAUCCUCAGAAGAUAAGGGGAACUCUAAUAUCUCUGGAAGUGAAUCUUCUGAAGAUAACUCUAAUGGGGAUGGAAGCUCUUUGAGCAAACCACCUACUUUUCAAAAAGGUGUCCUCAGGACAAAUUGUCUAGACUGCUUGGAUCGCACAAAUGUUGCCCAAUAUGCCUAUGGUUUAGCUGCUCUUGGUCACCAGCUUCAUGCCCUGGGCAUUAAAGAUGUCCCUAGAAUUGAUCAAGGUGCCCCUUUGGCUGGCAAUCUAAUGGUUUUCUAUGAGAGGAUGGGGGAUGCUCUUGCUCUACAAUAUGGUGGAUCUACUGCUCACAACAAGAUAUUCUGUGAGAGAAGAGGUCAAUGGAAAGCAGCAACCCAGUCUCAGGAGUUACUCAGGAGUCUUCAACGAUACUACAGCAACAUGUACAUAGAUGCUAAAAAACAGGAUGCUAUAAAUGUGUUCCUGGGGCACUUCCAACCCCAACAAGGUAAACCAGCACUUUGGGAACUGCAUCCAGAUCAGCAUUCCAAUAUUGGUAGGCAUGGUGAUGAAAAUGUUAGGUCACUUAUGAAAAAAUCCCUAUCAGCAUUGCCUCCAAGAAUGCACCAGCAGGCAGACGACAAAGGUCUUUGUGAUUCCACACCAGAAAUUUCAAGCGGCAUGUCAUUUUCUAGGUACACAUCAGUAAUGUCUCACAGGCAACUUUUUGCAGAUAGUGAACAUGGGUAUUUUACUGAACAUAGAUUUAAUGAAUCAAAUUGUUCGAACUUUCUGGACCUUGAUUGGUGUUCAUCAUCUGGGAAUUCAUGUGAGGAAGAAACUUCUGAAAGAUCCCCUCUUAUCAACUCACUUGUAGAGACUCUAUCCACUGAAAAUGUCUUCAAUGUUGUGAAGACUGAAACAAGUGAGGAAGGGUCGUGUAGUAAGGGAAAAGAAGGAACAAAUAGAUCACUGCUCGCUGAUGCCCCUGAAAGCUCCAGGGCUCCUAUUGAAUUUUCUGAAAGCUUCGCACGGUGGGUUGCCAAUGGAGGGACUUUUCGUUAUUGAUGUGAAGAUAUUCGCUCCUAAUCUGUCUGACCUUCAGCUUCAAGGAUGUUUCAGCUCAUAUUGUUUGGUUAUAAUAAGUGGUAGUCUGAUUGUAUAUAGUUCAAGCCACUUUUGGCUGUGGUUAAGCUAGUGCAGGGGUUUGCCACGUCUAACACAUCCAACUGGGGUGUGGAAUGAAAUUCAAAUAAAACUAUCCUCGAGAA